CCAUCGCUGGAAGUAAUUCUGGAAGACUUCUUUUGGAAUGGCAUGCAGCUGCACCGUUGAGUUCUGCAUGAUGUCCUCUCGGCUGUCAAAACGGCAGCCUUUUAGCGGUGUCUUCAAUCUUGGGAACAGCCAGAAAUCAUAAGGAGCCAGGUCAGGAGAGUAGUGAGUCUGGCAAACCUGUGGAAUGCCGUGCUUGGCCAGGAAACCCUGGAUCAGGUGCAAUGAAUGAGCUGGGGUGUUGUCAUGAUGCAGAUGCCAGUUGCGUGUGUCCCACAGCUCCAGUCUCUUGCGCCGAACUGCAUCACGAAGAUGGCGGAGGACUUCUUGCAUAUAAGGAAUGAAUGUUUGAAUUAUGACUACACAUUUCUGGAAGCUAGAAAAUCACAAAACAAGAACCUGAACAGGUAUCGAGAUGUCAGCCCAUACGAUCAUAGCAGGGUGGUUUUAUCUAAAGGACCAUGUGAUUACAUCAAUGCAAAUCUUGUUACGAUGGAGCGGGCCCACCGGCGCUAUAUCCUGACCCAGGGUCCACUACCUCACACCACGGGCCAUUUCUGGUUGAUGGUUUGGGAGCAGAACUGUAAAGCCGUUCUCAUGCUCAAUAGGAUCAUAGAAAAGAAUCAGGUAAAAUGCCAUCAGUACUGGCCUUUGGGAUCUCAGCCAGGAAUUGACAAUGUAAUGGAGCUGACAGAUGUUGGCCUUAAGGUGCAGUUCAUAUCUGAGGAUGAAGCUCCAUAUUAUACUACAAGGAUACUAAGAUUAACAGAGACAGAAUCUGGAAACAGUCGUGAUAUUCUCCACUUCCACUAUACAACAUGGCCAGACUUUGGUGUACCAGAAAGUCCAACAGCAUUCCUUAAUUUCCUAAUGGUUGUCCGGGAGAGUGGUGCCCUUGACCAGAAUGUUGGCCCACCUGUAGUUCAUUGUUCAGCGGGCAUUGGACGUUCAGGGACCUUCUGCUUAGUGGAUUCAUGUCUUGUUUUGAUUGAAGAGAUUGGUAUAGACGCAGUAAAUGUUCGGGAGGUUUUGCUUGAGAUGCGAAAGUUUCGGAUGGGUCUCAUUCAAACUCCAGAUCAGCUUCGAUUUUCAUAUUGGGCGAUUAUCGAGGGAUCAAACAAGCACCUAAAUGGAAGCAGUGGCCAAGAUGACACUUCUGAAGGCACAAUAGAGCUGACUGCUGUGCCUGUGAACCACACUGGGCAUGAGGACGCUGAGGGCGAGGAGCCACCACCUCUGCCGCCACCUCGGGGAGAGUCACUCAACAGGUCUCACUUCACAGAAACUGAAUCGAGUCCAACUGGCAACCAUGUAGAACUGUCACCUGACACAGAAGAACAGCCGCCGGACAAACCUCUUCCAUGCGAACCCCCAAUCGAACUGCCUCAACCCCCCACACGACAACUGCCCAGUGAACCAGCUGGCUCAGAUGAAGGUUCCUACUCAACUUCAAGUCCUUCUUCGAGCCCAGAAUACAUUCCACUUAAGGACAGGGAUGGGGUACGGAUGCGAUCAGUACGGAAGGACCGGUUAUUACAGCAAGUGCGGGAGAUAAAGCGCAAGCAGCAGGCAGCAGAAAGCUGGCAACAGUUGAAGAGGUCAAUAUUGCAACCCUUAACUAUAGGGAUAGGUGUAGGGGUGCUUUUGUUAGGGGGUGCAAUUGCUUACAGUUACUUUACAAGUCGAGUUUGAGACCCAGGAUUAGCGAACGCAUGGACGGAUCUGUUUGUUGCAAAUACCAACAAGUCAUAUUGUCUGGUUCAGGGUUGAUGGAAUUAAUAUUGUCUGGUAGUUGAAUUGUGGUACUAGGAUUGACUAUUAUGAUAAAUGCUUCAAGUUAUAUAUGUAUACAUAUGUAGACAUUCGAAUAUGGUAGGAAAAUUACAGUCCCGAUCGUGUAGGUAAAAUUGGACUGCCAACUGAAGUUCAGUAUUUUGUGUUCCAGUUCUCUUUUCAAUAAAAUAUAAGCAAUUAAGUGUCAUGAGUUUGAUAAAUAAAAUUUUACAUCCAUUAUGCACAUAUGCUUUUCAUACUAUAAGAAUCAAAAUGAGUGAGAUAAAGAGGUUACAUAAGCAGAACAACCAAGGGAAAGUUUUAUUGAUUUCAAUGUGUUGCUAUUGAAAAAUGCUUGCGGUUGUUAGGUAAAUUUUCAUACUGAGCAAUUCUUAUGGGACAUCAGUUACCAGGAUAAGUUGUUGCUUUUCACUUACUCAGUUUUAGUAAUGAAAGUAGUUAUGUGUAAACUGUUGUAUUUCUGAAGUUGAUUAACCUGGUAUUUUUCUAUGAAUUUUCUUUUUGAGAUCGAGAAAUGUUGUAAGUACAGGGUGGCACAGAAGUAACACUACACUUUUAAAGUCAGACUAUCAGUUGCCAUGGACAAGUUAUGUGUCCCCCCGGGUUUGUGACUCUCUUCAUGCAUGAAUACUACACAUCUGUGUUAUCAACAGUCAGCCAAGGUCAGGUCACUGCUAUUUGAUGAGCUAAUAGCCUCAUAGACCCAGAUAAAAGUAUUGUCCAUGGCAGCUCACAACCUGACUUGAAACUGUAGUGAUCCUUUGUGUCAUCUUGUACAGUAGUGUGUGUUUGGAUACUGUCUGCCAUGGAAGACAUGUCUAGCCAUUUCAGAGUCACAGAACAUUGUAUUUCAGUAUGGUGUUCCUUACAGAUCACAGUCCAGCUGUUUGGUUGACAUAAUAAGAAAUGUCACCAUGCUUUCGUUCGAUAGAAGUAAAUGUAAUUUUCCCUGUGCUUAAUAAAGCACCACACCAUGAAGACAAAUAGAGGAGUGAAGGUCCAGCUCCACAUAUUCUUAACCUGAGCUAUAGGUGGAGAUAAGGGGCUAGAUUGGCCCUAGAGGUGACUUGAACCGUGGAAAAGAGAAUAGAGUCUUUUGUAUAUUUAUGCUUUAUAUUAAAAUGCUCCCACAUUCAGACCUCUGCCUAGAGAUGGCUAUCCUGACUGAGGUGUUUCAUGGUUUUCCUUAGUCCUUCCUGUCCAGUGCUGAGCCUGAACCUCAGAUCAGACAGUGCCCUCUUCCUUCUGUAUUCUCCCCAAUUUGUUGUUCAGAAGAGUUCUGGCUUCUGGGAUAUAACACUAGUCCAUUGAAAGUCAGUUUACGUUUCUUGCUUUGCUUGUUCUUCAUCCCUG